UGCCAUGUAUCAGCACUCUUCAAAAGUCACAACACGCAAACUUUAUAGUAGAAUGAAUUAAAUGGUUCUUUGCAUACAUAUUGACACGAAUAUUCUCUCCAAAAAUCUUAAAUCAAACCCCUCUUUCCCUUCUUCUCUUAUGGUGCAUAAUCUUCUAAUUUGCACCAAUUUCUCUCAUCUCUUCCAAAAAAUUUAUUCCCAAUAGGAGUGCGAGCGCAUCAAUCUUUCUCAUAUGAUCUUCGUGAUUAAUCUGAAGUUCCAUCAGAGGAGGUGAUUGAAGUAUAGCGAAACAUUGUCGCUAGGAAGAGGGGAGUGAUCAAAAUUGAUGCAACAAAUAUACUCCUCUUAUCAUCAACGACUAUAUUAGAUUUAAUUACUCAUCAUGCAUUCAAGGAAUCAAUGGGGAGGGUCUUUUGAGCUGAGCAGCAAUAGUGAAGUGCCAUCGGGAGAUGAGACCAGCCGCACCGGAGAUCAAUGGGACAAGGCAGCGUUGCUCGAUCAUGGUAAUCGACGCGAGGGAUUGGAUGAGACACUACAAAGCUGGAUUCUUGAAAGGCCAAAUAUGAAGAAGAAGACCAAGUAUGUGGAUUUUGGAUGCAUCGUGUUGAGUCACAAGGCAUUGAAAUGGAUUUUUGGUAUAAUCUUUGUGGGUUUUUGUGCAAUUGGUCUUCCUAUCAUCAUUGCCAAGGCUUUGCCUAAACAUCAUCCUUCACCUAUACCACCUGAUAAUUACACCCUUGCUCUUCACAAAGCACUACGCUUCUUCAACGCUCAGAAAUCUGGGAGAUUGCCAAAGAGCAAUGGAAUUUCAUGGAGAAGGAACUCAGGUUUACAAGAUGGAAAAGACACUGAUGAUAAAAAAGGACUUGUUGGUGGUUAUUAUGAUGCUGGGGACAAUAUAAAGUUCCAUUUUCCCAUGUCUUUUGCUAUGACAAUGCUAAGUUGGAGUGUGCUUGAAUAUAAGCAAAAAUAUAUGGCAGUGAAUGAGUAUAAUCAUGCCAGAGAACUCAUUAAAUGGGGUACUGAUUAUUUGCUCUUAACCUUCAACAGUUCUGCAUCCAAAAUUAACAAAAUUUAUGCUCAGGUUGGUGGAUCACUGAAUGGUUCUAGGACACCAGAUGACCACUACUGUUGGCAAAAACCAGAAGACAUGAGCUAUCCGCGCCCAACAACGACUGUAUUUGAAGGACCUGAUCUUGCAGGAGAAAUGGCAGCAGCAUUAGCAGCAGCUUCUAUAGUUUUCCUAGACGACGCUGCUUAUUCAAAGAAACUCGUCAAGGGAGCUGAAACUGCCUUUGCAUUUGCAAGAGACUUUGGUAAAAGAUCAACAUACAGUCGCGGAAAGCCUUACAUUGAACCCUUUUAUAACUCAUCUGGUUACUUUGAUGAGUACAUGUGGGGUGGUGCUUGGUUGUAUUUUGCCACCGGAAAUACUACCUACAUUUCAUUGGCAACUAAUCCUGAUGUGCCUAAGAAUUCCAAGGCAUUUUAUAUGAAGCCUGAUUUGAGUGUUUUGAGUUGGGAUAAUAAGUUACCUGCUGCAAUGUUGCUGCUAACAAGAGUUAGGAUGUUUCUUAAUCCUGGUUACCCUUAUGAGGAUAUGCUUAGUAUGUACCAUAAUGUUACUAGUCUUACCAUGUGUUCUUAUCUUCAUCAAUUCAAUGUCUUUAAAUGGACUAAUGGGGGGUUGAUACAAUUGAACCAUGGACAACCACAAUCUCUCCAAUAUGUUGUCAAUGCUGCAUUUUUGGCAUCUCUUUUUGCUGAUUAUAUGGAAGCCAAAGGUGUUCCUGGAUGGUAUUGUGGUCCUAAUUUCUUUCCAAUAUCUGUUCUAAAGUCAUUUGCAACCUCUCAGAUGGAUUACAUCAUGGGUAAAAAUCCAAUGAACAUGAGCUACAUAGUAGGAUAUGGCGAAAAGUUUCCAAGACAUGUUCAUCAUAGAGGUGCAUCGAUUCCAAAUGAUCACAAAAAUUACUCAUGUACUGGUGGUUGGAAGUGGCGUGACAGCCCUGACCGAAAUCCCAACAACGUUACAGGAGCAAUGGUUGGAGGACCAAAUCCCUUUGACCAAUUUCAUGAUUCAAGGAAGAAUUACAACUAUACUGAACCAACUUUAGCUGGAAAUGCAGGACUAGUAGCUGCCUUAAUUUCCUUAACAAGCACAACAGGUAGUGGCAUUGACGUUAAUACCAUUUUUGAAGCUAUUCCACCAUUUGGACCAGAAAAUCCACCUCCACCACCUCCUUGGAAACCAUGAUAUCAUUUAUCUAUUUUUUCACAGUUUGAUUUUAUCCUAGCCAUUUUUGUGUUCUGGACAAUACUUCUUCAAUUUUUAACUUAUUCAUGCAUGUAAAUUCAUUUAUUUAUAAAUGACUUAGCUCGUUGUACACUCUCAUAUAUCAUUUAAAUUUGUUAUAGCAUUUUAGCCUUGUGGAUCGCAAAACCA